AUGGUCUCUGCUUCUGGUCUCCUCGGGGUCGUGCUGCUCGCUCGGCACGGCGAUCGUCUCGAGUUCUUCCAGGAUCCUCUCACCUACAAUCCGGCUUUGACGUUCUUGACUCCUCUUGGGAGCGUGCAAGAGCAGCAGCUCGGCUCAUUCCUACGAUCCACCUACCUCGACCCCGCAUCCCCAACGUUCAUCGAGGGCAUCAUCACCGACGUUGCCAACAUCACUCAGCUCGAAGUCCGCGCCGAUGCGGCCGGGGAAGGCUCCGUCAUAUUGAACUCGGUGCAGGGGCUGUUGCAGGGCUUGUUCCCACCCACGAAGGACAACAACAUCACCCUCGCGAACGGGACGACGGUUGUGGCCCCGCUUGGAGGAUAUCAGUACAUUCCCGUGGAGAGCGUGGAGCCCAACCUCGACAUCUCCUUGAAUAGCUUUACGUCUUGCCCGAACUUCGACAAACACAUCCUCGAGUUCUACAAUUCCGCGCCCUUCUUGAAAGAAGCUCAGGUCGCAGCUCCGUUCUUGCAGGAGCUGCAGCCCUUCCUCGGGAACAGGUCAACCAACUUCACGAACAUGUUCAACAUCUUCGACUUCGUCAACGUCCAAUCCAUCCACAACGCCACCUUCCUCAAAUCGAUCCCGCCCAACUUCCCCAAGCAAGCCUACGCCUUCGCCAACUUCCACGAGAACGGCGUCUUCACCGACGCCGUGUCCAACGGGAUCGGCAACAUCGCGAUGCGGACGAUCCUCCCCUCCGUCUUCUCCGCGCUGCAGCAGAUGGCGACCGGCAGCGGCCCGCUCAAGCUCUUCCUCAGCGAGAUCAGCUACAAGCCGUUCAUCUCCCUCUUCAACCUCACCGGCGCCGCCGUCGCGGACCCGGGCAUCGCGGGCAUCGUUGACUACGCGUCCGUCGUCGCGCUCGAACUCCGCGCCGGCGCCGGCGGCCCGACGGUCUCGAUGCGGUUCAAGAACGGCACCACGGACGGCGCGCUGCACGACCUCCAGCUCUUCGGCGCCGACUCGGUCACGCUCGACCAGUUCGUGGCGGCCCUCGCGCCUUCCGCGGUGAACAGCACGCAGGAGUGGUGCACGGCGUGCAACCAGACGAGCUUGCGGGGGUGUGCGGUCUUCCAAUAG